CGACGUCGCGACGCGCCAACAAUGGCGACUGCGUCAGCCUGAGCGGGCCCCAGUCGGCCAGCCAGCUCCAGACCGUGCCGCGCGAGCCGCGGGGGCCGCGAGCGCCUCGGACCGGGUCGGCGGCGAAGGCGGCGGCGGCGCGCGUGCGCGUGCGCGCUCCUGCCACAGCCGGGGUCGAGCCGCGGCGCCGAGGCCCCGCGGAGCGAGCCAGCCUCCGGCAGCAUCUGGGCCUCCACGCUCGCCGGGAUCGUCCCUUUCCUAAGUCGGCAACAUGAGCGGCAACAACUUGGAUGGGAACGACGACUUUGACGAGCAGUUGCGAAUGCAAGAACUGUACGGCGAUGCCAAGGACGCUGACACCCAGAAGGAACCCGACGGACAGCCCGAUUCUUUCGGGCAGCAGCCGGCUGACACCCCGUACGAGUGGGACCUGGACAAGAAGGCUUGGUUCCCCAAGAUCACUGAAGAUUUCAUUGCUACGUAUCAGGCCAACUAUGGCUUUUCUAACGAUGGGGCGUCUAGCUCCACUGCAAAUGCACAAGAAGCCACUGCCAGGACUGCAGAAGACCCUCCUCAAAGAAAAACCCCUGAACCCAGUGAUCCCAAAAAGAGGGGAGAAAAGAGAAAGGCCGAAUCAGGAUGGUUUCAUGUUGAAGAAGACAGAAAUACAAAUGUAUAUGUGUCUGGUUUGCCUCCAGACAUUACGGUGGAUGAAUUUAUACAGCUCAUGUCCAAGUUUGGCAUUAUUAUGAGAGAUCCUCAAACAGAAGAAUUUAAGGUCAAGCUUUACAAAGAUAACCAAGGAAAUCUUAAAGGAGAUGGUCUUUGCUGUUAUUUGAAGAGGGAGUCCGUGGAUCUCGCAUUAAAACUUUUGGAUGAAGAUGAAAUUCGAGGCUACAAGCUACAUGUCGAAGUGGCAACGUUUCAGCUGAAGGGGGAAUAUGAUGCCUCAAAGAAGAAGAAGAAGUGCAAAGACUACAAGAAAAAGCUGUCUCUGCAGCAAAAGCAGCUGGACUGGAGACCCGAGAGAACAGCUGGCCCGUCCCGAAUGCGCCACGAACGAGUUGUCAUCAUCAAGAAUAUGUUCCAUCCAAUGGAUUUUGAGGACGAUCCACUGGUGCUGAACGAGAUCAGAGAAGACCUUCGAGUGGAGUGCGCAAAGUUCGGACAAAUUAGGAAGCUCCUUCUCUUUGAUAGACACCCAGAUGGUGUGGCCUCCGUGUCCUUCAGAGAUCCAGAGGAAGCUGAUUAUUGUAUUCAGACUCUCGAUGGAAGGUGGUUUGGCGGCCGUCAAAUCACUGCGCAAGCAUGGGAUGGGACUACAGAUUAUCAGGUGGAAGAGACCACAAGAGAAAGGGAGGAAAGGCUGAGAGGAUGGGAGGCUUUCCUCAAUGCUCCCGAGGCCAACCGAGGCCUUCGGCGUUCAAAUUCCGUCUGUGCUUCGGAAAGGGCAGGGCCUUCCAGAGUAAGGCAUUUUUCAGAGCACCCUAGCACGUCUAAGAUGAAUGCGCAAGAGGCCACCACUGAAAUGGCAUUUGAAGAGCCUCUAGAUGAAAAGAAGUUUGAAAAAACCGAAGAUGGGGGAGAAUUUGAAGGAGAUGCUUCUGAGAAAGGUGCCGAAGAAAGUGGCCCCGAAAAAGAGGCCGAAGGCUGCCCCCAGAAAGAACCUGAAGAAAGCUGCCUCAAAACAGGGUCUGAGGAAGGCUGUCCCAAGAGAGAGCGUGAGGAAGACUACCCCGAAAGAGAGUCAGGAGAAGACAAUCCUGAAAAGGAGUUUGAAGAGGGUAGUCCCAAGACAGAGUCUCAAGAGAAUGGCCCCGAACGGGAAUCCAAAAAGAAGAGGCUCAGAAAUGAUUACGAAGAGAAUGGCCUUGAAAAGGAGUCCGACCAAGAUGGCCCCAGCAAGAGGGGUGAGGAGGAGGAGAGCCUCCAAAAGGAGUCCGAAGAAGACGACUCCGAAAGGGAAUCCGAAGAAGACUGCUCUGAAAAGCAGUUUGAAGAUGGCUCCGAAAAAGAAUUUGAAGAGAAUGGCCUCGAGAAGGAUUUCGAAGAGGAUGGCUCCGACAAGGAAUUUGGUGAAAACGUUCUUGACAGGGAGUUCGAAGACAAUGACUCUGACAAAUCGGAAUUUGGAGACAGCAGCUCUGAAAGAGUGUUCGACGAGGAAGUCUCUGAGAGAGAGUUUGACGAAGAGUCCGAUGAAAAGGAAGAAGGGGAAGACACCUAUGAGAAGGUCUUUGACGACGAGUCCGACGAAAAAGAGGACGAGGAAUAUGCCGACGAAAAGGGCCUCGAAGACGCCGACGAGAAGAUGUUUGAAGAUUCAGACGACAAAGAAGACGAGGAGGGCGUGGAGGUAAAGGAAGACGAAGACGUGGAUGAAAAAAUGUUCGAAGAGGAUGAUUCCAACGGGAAACUCUUUGAAGAUGAAGAUUCCAACGAGAAGCUGUUCGACGAUUCUGACGAGAGAGGGACAGUGAGGGGCUCGGGGAACGCAAAGGAGGAGGGGCCCCUGUCCACAGGCAGCAGCUUUGUCCUCAGUAGCGACGACGACGUCGAAGACGACAUUUAAUCCUUUACACUCGCUUUGUAGGGAGCUUCCCCUGGCUCCAUUCUGCCUGUGCUCCAGGGCAGUUGCUAGUAGUGUUACAUGCACACGUGCCUCGUGGUAGGAUGCCAUCAGAGUAAUGCAGUGACGUUUUCAUCGUACCUGUACUCAAUGAUUUUAAAUCUGUGUUCAUUGGCCGUUGAGUUAAAACUUCAUAAUAUAAUGCAAGUAAGCUGGGUACUUUGUCCUUUGUCUGAUUUGUUAAUUGCAUGCACAAUAAUGUUUUUUAAACUAUUCUGAUUGAAGUUUGUGAUACUCAAAAAUAAAAAUAAGUUGUUAAUAUGCUGAAACUGAUAAGAGGACUCGGCGUUACAUUGCAUUUGAAAUUCUCGCUAUUGCUUAAUUCUUACUAAAGUGUGGUUUUUGUGAGGAUUUGAAAAAGCCCGUAGGAGUCUUCUUGCUUCCCCGCUUACGCUAGAACUUACGUCCCCACUUCCCCUCCCUAAACCAGAACAUGUUACUAAACUUAUAAAGCAGAUAACACUCUGGAGUUUUUCCCUGCCCGGUCCUUGCAAGUUACUUUGAUAAUUGUUUUCCUUUUUCACCCUCUUCCCCCGGAAAUUGACUCGUAGAUGUGCAAAAAUGAACUUCCUGAGGCCCCCAGCUUCCAUUCAUUGGAAAUACGGAGGAGGUUAGAAAUCUGUGUACUGUUGGGGCCCCUUUAGAAGCUGAUUAGAGUUAUGAGACCUUUCCCCAGAAAAAUGUAUGCACACACUACACGGCUUUUUUUUGUAUACACUUUUCGGAGGUUUAUGGAUCCCCUGGAGUUUAAGAUCUACUUUUGUCAUGCAUACUUUGGCUUUUUGUUCUACAUUCAUGGUGGCUAGUACUGUGUUCAGUUGUGUAGUCCCAAUAAAAAUUGGAGUCUUUCUUCAUUGUGCUUUCCAGAUUCAGUAUUGGUGAAUUGACUUCUGAUGUAGUAUUAAGAAGUUACUCUCGUGAAUUAGAAGCAUUAAAAUAAACUGCCUUGGUGCUUUUUCAUUA